CUUAAACAUGUAUUUAAUAAAUCUUUAUGAGUAGUAUUAGCAUUAAGGAUUAUUUGGAAUUACACAAUUUGAUUAAGAUGAUUUACUUCUAAUGAUUAUUUUGUUGAAGUUUUAAGUAACUUCAAAAUGGAAAUCCAGAUAAUACAACAAUUUCAAUUGUAAAGUUUAAACAGAAUUUGUAGCAAUCACAAGCAUGUGUUAUACCGUUAAUAAUACUGAUAAAGAUAAGUAAAAUAACAUAUAAUUCAGCAAUUGUGGGUUUAACCAAAGUGCAGGGAACAUAAAAUCUAGAUUUCUCCAUCUAUCAUAGGCAUUAUCAAAAAUUAAUCAUUAUAAAAUAAACAUGCUGUCAUCUUCACUUGUAAUUAUAAAAUAGAUUAGGAGCAAAUCAUUACAGAACAGACUAUAGUGA